AUGGUGCUCGAACGCAGCUGGAUCGCAAUCACUAGCGAUGUGGGGUGGGGGUGCACCAUCAGAGCAGCGCAAAUGCUGCUUUUACAGGCACUAAGACGGCAUUUUUUCGAGGCGGGGCCGUUUGCACAGCCAGCUGCUGGAGAGCCUGUCGCUCCUGAGAGGCAUCUCGGCGAUGAGAGUUUAUUUGUAGAGCAGCAGCAAGAGCAGCAGCAAGAGCAGCAGCAAGAGCAGCAGCAAGAGCUGCAUCUGUACGGGAAAAUGGCAGCUGAGGAGGCGCUGCUGCAGCAGCGCCAUCCAUCCCCCUUUCCAGAUUCUCCGUCAGUCGUAGAAAUCGCUGCAGCCGCUGCAUUCCAAGCAGCAGGAGGACAAGAAGGAGCUGCACUGUCGCUUGUCGAGUCAGCAUCGAUUUCUUCCCAUUCCAGCGCAGCAGCGGCACAUGCAGCAGCUAGCCACCAGCGUUUGCCUCUCGCAGCAGCUGUCGAGGGUGGUGUCGAUCCUGCAGAAGCAGCAGUCCUUCUUUCCGAGGUUGCGUCGAGCGAAGGCGCUGCUGCGGCAGGCGUUGUGGGAAGCGCAGCCACCUCCUGCCCUCGUGUUAGACAGAGGCAUCAGCGCGAUAGACUCGAGACUUAUCGGGAAGUUUGCUGGCGAGUGGUUUGGUCCUACAACCGCAUCUAUCGCUCUGAAGCUGCUUGUAGAGUCUUCUGCGUUUACAGCGGGAAGCAUGCAGAGUCUCAGCAGAGCCACGAAGGCGGAGCUGCUUGUGCAUUUUCGCCUGUAGACGCGUCAUCUGCUGGACGGGGAGGGAGAGCCUCUGCAGAGAACCUCCACAACGAAGCUUUGAGCUAUUCUUCUGAGAAAAUCGGAGACUCGAGCAGCGUGACUGCCCGGCGGGAGGGGCAGGAGGAUGCACAGAGCAUGCGAGCAAACAUGGAAAGCGUAACUGAUGCUACUCGAAGGCAUGCAGCUCCUGCAGCUGCAGAGAAUGCGAGGGUUCCGAAUAGCGGCUGCCAUGAAGGCGUGGUGCUACCCCCCGUUGAAUCCGCUGCGAGGCAGGCUGGCUGCUGGCAGAAGUCGUUUCACGGGGAAGCGCAUGCAAUCAAGGGUGGUCUUGACACUUUAUGCGCGGACAUACUUGCUCAUGCCUGCAUUUAA